UUUAGCUUCGGACCGUCCUUCGGAUCACAUCGGCUAAAUAUCGAUCAAAAUCGCGGCGUCGUUAACGUAUUUACUGCAGAGAGCCAAUUCACCAGGCGUGAGGACAAGGAUCUAUUAGGAAUUAGGUUAGAAUAUCACAAUCAUGGCAUCUUCAUCGGUUGUAAGGGGACCUGCUGGUAACAAUGACUGCAGGAUAUACGUGGGAAACCUUCCACCUGAUAUCCGGGAAAAAGACAUCGAAGACAUGUUCUACAAGUUUGGCUCCAUCGCAGACAUCGACUUGAAGAAUAAGAGGCCACCAUCAUUCUCAGGCUCUGGUUCAGAAAGGGAACGAUUCGGAACACCAUUUGCCUUUGUAGAGUUCCAUGACAGAAGAGAUGCAGAUGAAGCAGUGACAGCACGAGAUGGCUACAACUAUGAUGGAUACAGGAUACGUGUUGAGUUUCCAAGGGGUACCAAAGGCUUCAAGGGCAGUCGUCCAAGGGGACCACCACCAAGGAGAUCAUCAUAUCGCUGCAUGGUGCAAGGUCUGCCUUCAACAGGUAGUUGGCAAGAUCUCAAGGAUCACAUGCGGGAGGCAGGCGACGUAUGCUAUGCUGAUGUGUACAGAGAUGGAACAGGUGUUGUGGAGUUUCUCAGACCAGAGGAUAUGAAGUAUGCUGUCAAACAGCUAGAUGAUACCAAGUUCAGAUCACAUGAGGGAGAUGUCUCUUACAUCCGGGUUAAGGUUGAUCCUACCAGUGGAGGUGGGCGCUCAAGAAGUCGUUCUCCUCUGAGCCCGUACCGUGGUGGUCGUGGAGGCGGUAGCUACCGCUCCCGCAGUCGUUCCCGCAGUCCACAAUGGGGCCAUGGCAGAAAACACCGCCACCACCGAUCUCGUACCAGGUCCUUUUCUCGUUCCAGAUCCCCCAGCUCCAGGUCUCGCUCAAGAUCGCGAUCCAGAUCCCGCUCAUAGUUCCAUGGUCAACCUACGUUCCUUCUGUCGACCUCUGCCUACUGUGUUUUGACAAGGCAUUGCUGCUUGGGAGGUUGCAUUGCUUUCAUGAAGCCAUAAAACCUGUGUAUGUUUCAAAGACUGUAAAUAACUUUUUUGUAGUUCUAGAAAUCUGUAUUUUUCAUUCUGGAUACAAUUUAUGAUUUGGGUUACCCUGGGUUUUAUCUUAUGACACGGUUUUAUUGGAAAGGAUGUGAAUAGUUAAUGGUCUUUUCAUAAGGAUAUCAUUCAUGCAUGUCCAUUAAUACCACCCACCCUUAAAAUCAAUUAUUCAAUUUAAUACUCAGUAAUUCUUUAUUGCCAAUAGGUACUAUUAAAGCUGGUGAUUUGAAAAUGUGUCCCUAGGGAAAUGCUUAUUAAUCUCUUUUUUGGAUGACCUGGUGCCCAUUUCCUGGAGAGUUAACAACUAUUGUUACUUCGUUGUUAUGACAACUGCCAUGGCAAUCCUUGGUUUUGAUUGGCUAUAGAUCCAUGUGUCCAUGGUAGUUGCCAUAAUGGCAAAGUUACAAUAGCUAUAAUACCUAGUGAAACAGGCCCCUGGAAGGGACUUAAAAUGAUUGCAUUUUUUCCAACUAUACAUAAUAUGCAAUAAAGUUCAAUAUUUUGUACUUCAGGGUACAUUUCACAGUGGGUCUUGUUGAUAAAUGUACACUUUAUUCUUAUAGGCAGUGAUUUAGAAGCAGCAUCCGGUAUGAUUUUAGUUGUGUUAUCGCUGUAUAUAGUGGAUCAAAUGUGAAAAUUCAUUGCAUUGUGUACAUAGGUAUCCACCACGAAAUAUUGAUGUCAGACUAAAAUGGAUAUGUCUUACAUACAUGUAUGUUAAUAGCACUUAACUUAAUUACACUACUGAUCCAUCUGACCCCUUACCAUUACAGCUUGUACAAGCAUUCUCUCUUCUCUAUCAUUUUCCUGUUAUGUUCUCUCAAUGCUCUUCUCCUCUUUAUACCCCCCCCCCAUCGAUUCUGGUCCGGCAAUUACCCUAUUGCUUUCACCACCACCUACCUUUUCAAUCUUAUUAUUCACCCCAAUUUCAUCCCCCCCCCUUCCUCCCUCCACACCUCUUCAUCUGCUCUAUCUUUUGUAAUUCACAUAUUUUUGAUAUGCUAGCUUAUAUAUUGUUAUAAAUAUCAUAAUCAUUGACAAUCUUAUCUAACAAAUGACUUCGUAGACAGUAUCCAACCAUAUGUAGUUUAAGUUUGCUCCAAAUUUGCAUGCUUUUUCAACUUUUAAUUCAAUGCAAUGUUUUUAAUCUAUUAGAGCGAAGUCGAGUCAUGUCAUAUAUUGGUUCUACAUGUAUGAGAAUAUCAGAAUUUGAAUGCAUAUAAUCCAAAUUACCAUCCAUUAGCAGUCAAAUAACUAUUGCUAUCAAUUGGUAUAUGUGUGUUAACAUUGAUUCUUGUGACUUUUUGUGUUGACCUCCCAGAUUGGCCCCUCCUGGAGGCAUUCAGGAAGGAAGAUCAUAAAAUCAGGAAUUAAUGAGGAGUUGGAUUUGUGAGGAUCCAAAAAAAAAAGAGAAAAAGGCACAGAUCCAUGCAAUGAAUUCAUUAUCCGGGAAUAGUUUUCACGAUCGCAAUCUGGGAGUUGGACAUUCCUUGCUCCAUGGAUCAGAAAUGUCAUGGAUUCAGGGAAUGCAUUCACAAUCCGGACUAGUUUUCAGGAGCAAAAAUUAGGAUCAGAGGAAAUUAGGCUUUGGGGAUCCAAAUAUGAUCAGGAUCUGGAGAAAUCAGGAUCAAAGCAAGGAAUCAUUCCAGGAUCAAAUUUUUUAAAGGUAUUCAGGGAUCAAUGGAAGGAUCAGAUCAGAUCGCACACCAAGGGGUCCUGAGAUCCGGAGGUUUUUGAGGGAUCAGGUCAGGUGUGGAUCGGAUCAGAAUGAAAGCACAGGUAGAAGUCCGAUGAGCAUGGUCUUGGUCUGAUGGAUCAUGGAUCAUUCUUAAUGAGAAAAAAAUAAAGAUUAUGGGAAAGGAAUCCAAAUUUUGAUGGAUCAGAUUGAGUCCUGGGAGCCUUUGAUCUCAGAAGAGAGUCAUUUACCUAUUUGGGGAUCAAAUCAGAGUUUGGAUCAUUUCAUAAGGAAAGGAUCAUUUGACGGUAUGAUUUCACUUUUGUUCAAAUUAAUAUCUGUAUUCUACACUUUCAUGUAUAUAUUUAUAUUUUCAUAUGCACACUUGUCUGCAUUUUGGUUUUGAUGUUUUGUGGCAGUGUUGUGUUGUCCUUUAGAUAUUCACAAUUUUUUUAAAAGCAGAAUUGAAAUAAAGAAUCCCCUCCACUCCA